AUGGCCAACCACACUCUUUCACAGUGUACCGAUCCAAAAUAUGUUUUCCAGUCCUUUGAUAAUCUCGGCAACUGCUACAACGCAGCCGGGGACACAUUAGCUAUUAACUUCACUAAUGUUGUGGAAAAGUGCCUGAACGAUUACUGCAAGAACCCAUAUCCUGACCUAGGUGGCUGUGGGAAUUGGCAUGGCACGGCAUCCCUUCCAUUUCUUGUCAGCACCGCGAAGGGCAGCCAAUACUUCUGGAACAAUGCUACCUGCACUGGGGUCAGUGAUGAGGUGAAUACAGACAUCGGAGGACCUGGCGUCUUUGUCUCCUACUUGAUGCAACUGGGAAUAAUCUUCUAUUUCUGGAUCCUCCUUCGAUCAUUUCGCCUCUUCCCACUCCUGAUCUCCUUUUGCACCAGAAGAAAGCAAUUUUACGACGCGACAUCUCCCGCAAACCAAACCAAAGGAAACACCAUUCCCAGAAUCCGACAUUUCUUGAAUCAACACGACCGCAUCAUGAAGACAAUCCUCGUCGAGUUCCAAGAAGCUCAAUGUUUCUUCAUGCUCGCCUCACAAUCCGCUAUCUUGCUCGCUAAGAAGUCAACUACUAUCUUCCAAUCCAACACCAUGCCCUCCCUCUGGGCAAAUAAUGGCGUUGCAGGGGUAGUUUCCAGUGCCGGUGUAUUGCCCAUUGUUAUUGGUAUGUGGAGUCUCCAGAAGAUGCACUUGACAGAGCCCUGGAUUUUCCUUUUGUCUGUUACAACCAUCAUCGUAUCUGAGUUUGCGCUGUACUGGACACAUGAGACUCCCUCAGUUGGCCAAAUCAGUCCCUUUGAAUAUAACGGAUGGCCGGAAAGUUGUGGCGGGUAUGCGCCGCCAUUGAUUUACUGUACGGAUCCGACCGUGGAAUCUUCCCUAAGGUUGCCGCUUCUCUUAUUCUGGGAAGUGCUCAAUCCUUAUUGCUUGACUGUAUUUGGAUUGGAUGUGAUCUUGUGGGUUUGGCCAUAUGUUGUCAGGAUAGUGGAUGUUGAGAAAAUUUGUCAGAAGACUUGCGCUCGUCUCGGCCCCCGCGAUUUCCCCUCCAAAAUUCGACGACUGCUCGCUUCGACUUGGGGCGAAUGGCUCAAGAGGCUACCUAGUCUUCUCACAUUCUGCGUUGAGGCACUUUUUCUCGCAGCCGUGUUUCUGGAAUGUAUGUGUUUUGCCGAGUUUGGGCACCUCAAGGUGAUCGACUUUUCCGGCUGGGGUUUUGGCCAGAUUGUGGCGAUGGCUAUCUGGUUCCCUGUGGCCAGCAAAUAUGCCUACCUGGUCUUAUUUGGCACCGAAUCUUACUCGCAAGCUCGCAUGCCUAAGUCUAAUUCCACCAAUAACGGUGAUAUAAGAAAAAAAGAAGCUUAUGAUGUUGAAUUGGCGGCUCUGCAGUCUUCUGAUGUUAUUGAACACAAGGCCCAAGAUGGACAAGAAGCCGAUCGACGAUGA